AAAAUAUUUGAGGGAUGUUCAAAAUACAAUGAAUCAGAACUUGAAUUUACAUCAGCAAAAGCUGCAGCAAAAGUCUCAAUGUGGUAAUACAGAUGACAUAGAAUCAUAUGCUAAGCCACAUCCUAUUGGCGUUUUAAGUGAAGUCAAAUAA